AGUUCGUCGUCAAACAUCACCUUUGUUCGUCCUCCAUAUUUCAUCAUAAGUGGCUUUUCUGACAUACCUAACAUAAACUAUUACUAUGUCUUUCUCUUUUUUGUUUAUAUUGUGUCAGUGUUGGGAAACACAGCUGUGAUGGCUGUAAUAUUGUUGGACAGAAAUCUAAGAACUCCAAAAUAUGUUGCAGUUUUUAAUCUUGCAUGGACAGACCUGCUUGGUAGCACUGUUCAGGUACCAAAGGUUCUUGACAUAUUUGUGUUUAAUCAGCGCCUCAUCUCUUAUAAUGACUGCAUGGCAUUUAUUUUUUUCUCCUACACGUGUCUUUCUAUGCAGUCUCUUAAUCUGGUUGUUCUCUCCUAUGACAGACUGGUAGCGAUCACCUUCCCACUGCACUAUCACAUGAAGGUCACACACAGGUUCAUGUUUUCUUUGAUUGCCUUUUUCUGGGUUUCAUCAAUAACUGCUGUGCUCAUUGCAGUGGGUCUUCUCACAACACUUUCCAUCUGUAAGUCAGUGAUUAUUAACAGUUAUUUCUGUGAUUAUGGCAAAAUAUACAUGCUGGCCUGCAAUGACUACACCCCUGCCCAUGUGACUAUUCAUCUGUUUACAGUUCUUAUGAUUUGGUUACCACUGAUAUUUAUCUUGUUCAGUUACUCAUAUAUUGGCUACUCUUUGAGAAAACACUUACAUCCGAAUGGCAGAAUUAUAAAUCUGUCCCUGAGCUCUGUCAUUCCACCCAUGUUAAACCCAUUUAUAUAUGUUCUACAGACACAAGAAAUCAAAAAAUCUAUUAAAAAGUUGUUAAAAUAA